AUGGGCUGUAACGCUACCAAGGCUGCCGGCAAGUCCGGCGAGGGCAAGACCGCCGCUGAGCGCAAGGUUGCGUGGGAGAAAAUUUGUCAGAACCUGCCUCGCCAGAGGACGCCUGAGGACAAGGAACGCCGCAGCGAUCUUUUCAAGAAGUUUUCCCAGAACGACACGGAAAAGCUCACGAUGGAGGAAGUCUAUCAAGGCUGUGUACGUAUCCUCCAGCUCGAUGAGUUCACGACGCGCCUGCACGACAUUGUGAAGCGUGCCUUCAACAAGGCAAAGAGCAUGGCGAACACCGCCGGCGACUGCCAGGGCGACGACGAGUUUGUCGAAUUUCUUGAGUUUCGGCUGAUGCUGUGCUACAUAUACGACUACUUCAAGCUCACCGUUAUGUUUGACGAGAUCGACACCUCCGGCAACAUGCUGGUGGACGCGAAGGAGCUCAAGGCCGCCGUGCCGAAGAUCGGUGAGUGGGGCCUUGUCAUUGAGGAUCCAGACACAGUCUUCAAGCAAAUCGACGACAACGGCUCCGGCCAGGUGUCCUUUAACGAGUUCGCUUCGUGGGCGACUGCCCGCAAGCUUGAUGCUGACGAGGAGGCUAACGACUCUGAGUAG